GCGCGAGCGAUGUCAGUGUGUGGCUGGCUUUGCUUUCUAUGCUGCUGUCGCCUCAUCGGUCCCAGGUUUUUCCGCUUGUGGGGAGGGUGGGAUGGAGUCAGACAGAUGGGGGGCAAUGAUUAAAAAAAAAAUUCUGAUAUAUGUAAGUGUGUCGGGCUUGCGUAUUUGAUCAUGACACUGCAGUGGGAGCGCUCCCAAGGUAGAUCAGGUCUAUGCCAGAAAAAAAUUAUUGUACAUGUAAAUUAAAUCAGUGUCAUUUUUUUUUGUUAUCUUUGUGUGUCUGGGUGGUGUGGAGGGGGGUGGUUUAAGAAAAAAAGGCAGCCUAUUGCAACAGACCUUGCAGAACAGCAGCAGCAGCAGGCCUGUUCCUGCAAGUGGCUACCAGAGCCUUUUUUUUAAGAUAAGAGAGAUGGGGUUUUAUGAAAAUGUAGGCUAAGCCGAGAGGACCUGAGAUUUUAAAUCUGUGGCCUAAAACAUCAUUUCAUCUUCUUUGAAAAUGUAAUUCCUGCACACUGGACUGUCGUGUCCUGUAAGAUUAGAUUGUCAUUUCGAACAAUAACCAGAGAGACAAGAGUGUUAUUUACUGAAAUGGAAAGCAGUGCAAUGACAAUAACAGCCCGGCCUUGGACUCUCAUACACACAUGUACACACACACUGUGUGGUGGGAUUAAAAGAGAUAUUCUACAAGCAUUUGCCAGUCUUCAUAUUGCUUGUAUAAAGGAAUCCGUUGCAACAGCUCUGUUUAAAACACAUUUAAGUGCUUUUCACUGCUCUGAUGUGCCGUCACAGUGAAAACACGAAGACUUUACUUAUUGAUAAAGACCAUUCACAGGUACCUAAAAAUGCCCUUGUGCUCGACGUGCGUGUUUGCUUUUGGUUGUGUAGACUUACGCUCGCAUGUCUACGCGUAUAUGUGUUUUUAUAUGUGUGUUUGUUUGUGUGUGUGUGUGAUGUGGUGAUGUCACAGCUUUGUUAUAGAAACAGAGAAGCCUUGUGUCCUCAUGAUUAAUUCAUGUCCAGCUGCGGGAUAGAGACAGAAGCAGCCAGUCACACGCAGACAAGAGGAGCACGUACUUAAAGGAGGCUGAAAUAAGUAACUACCGGUGGGGUGGCCAAGGAGACAGGAGGGACAGGUUGUCACAAGGAAAAAAAAAAAAGACCCAGACGAGAUGAAAAGAGCAGAAAAAAAAACGACUCAAGGGGACUCUCAUCAUCAUCGUCUGCGCUGUCUGACAAGCUUUCAGGCUGUACCGAGGAGGAGCAGAGCAUCCUGCUGAGAGGAGUGCAUCUGUUGUGUGGCUCCUCUGCAUCCUUCUCUGGCUACACUCUGAAUGUCAAGCCCCACUGAACAGAACGGGAUCCAGGUCGUCAUGGAGACAGGAGCAGACCCUCGCUGGAACAGAGGCAGGGUGAUGUGCCAUCAGCCACUGGGGGGCAUUUGUCCUCUCCGCCACCUGUUCAGCCUCUGAAGCUUAUGGGAUAGGAGUGUGUGCGCCCCUUCCCAACCGCUCUGCAUCCCAGCUGGACUCAGUCGUGCCAAAGCUGAAUUGCGUUGAAGGAGAAGACAUGGGCAGCCCGGGCUCCGAGGUGGGUCUGGCUGGGUCCGUGGAGCCAGCUCUGGAGGCUCUGUGUCCCGAGUGUGGCCAGAUCCACCGCAGCUGGGAAAACCACCUUUACAACUACCGUCUGGAAGUGGACGACGAUCUGGUGUGCCACAUCUGCCUGCAACCGCUGGUGCAGCCUCUCGAUACGCCAUGCGGACACACCUUCUGCGCCCGCUGCCUGCGUAGCUUCCUCCAGGAGAGGGACUUCUGCCCUCUGGACAGGACCCGGCUGCAGCUGCAGGCAUGCCGCAGGUCCAGCAUCCUGGUGCACAAGCUGCUGGACAAGCUGUCUGUGUCCUGCCCUUUGACCCCUGUCUGCUCCCUCAGCAUGCCUCGCUGUGACCUGGAGGCGCACCUUAAACACAGGUGUCCAGGGAUGCAGAGUCAGCAGACAAAUGGGGACGGUCCACGAUGCGAGAGCGGGGAUGAGCGAGCAAUGGUGACCAGCCCUCCCAGGUCACCGCAUACACCACAGACAGACCUGAGGGACCGCACGCCGUCACCGCCCUCUGGACCCAAUAACAGCUGCGGUAAUGGGCCUGUGUGGACAGAUGAUGCCGGCCUUGACAACCCAGCCUUUGAGGAAAGCACCGAAGAAGACAGUGUAGUAGGGUUGGAGUGUGUGGUCCCCAGGGUGAAGCGGCCCCUCAGUAAUCCCUGUAUCCAUCUCCUGCGCUCCGUUAGCUCCACCUCCUCUGGCUGGGACUGCCCUGAAUCCCCGCCUCUGUCUGCUGAGGAGGGCUGUGUGAAGCUCCCCUCCCUUCCUGAAGGAGAGAUAACUGCCAUAGAGGUCCACCGUGCAAACCCAUAUGUAGAGCUGGGAAUCAGCAUUGUUGGUGGAAAUGAGACGCCUCUCAUCAACAUCGUGAUUCAGGAAGUUUACCGAGACGGGGUCAUUGCAAGGGACGGGAGGCUGCUGGCCGGGGAUCAGAUACUCCAGGUGAACAAUGUGGACAUCAGUAACGUGCCACACAGUUUUGCUCGCUCCACCCUGGCCCGCCCCUGCACCACCCUGCAGCUGACUGUACUCCGGGAGCGUCGCUGUGCCUCCCGGGCACCUCCCUCCUCUUCCUCCUCCACCCCAGCAGUCCCCCAUGCCCCCUGCUCCACUCCCGAAGUCACCCCACCCAGCCCAGCCACUCUGAGAAUCACCCUGCAUAAGCGAGACUCCACAGAGCAGCUUGGAAUCAAGCUGGUACGGCGAACGGAUGAGUCAGGGGUGUUUGUGUUAGAUCUCCUGGAGGGAGGCCUGGCUGCCAAGGAUGGCAGACUGCGGAGUAACGACCGCGUGCUGGCAGUCAAUGAACAGGACUUGCGACACGGCACCCCAGAGCAAGCUGCUCAGAUCAUACAGGCCAGUGGAGAACGAGUCCACCUGCUGAUUGGCCGACCCAGCAAACCAACUCCACCGCCGCCGCCAAAAUCAAGCUCCACCAGAGACCUUUACUGCCUUGAUCACUUCCUGCCUAACCACAGCUCUACCCCGAGUCCUGUGGCCAUACACCUGUCCCGCACCAGCACCCACAGAGACCUGUCCCAGUGUGUGACCUGUAAGGAGAAACACAUCACUGUGAAGAAGGAACCACACGAGUCUCUGGGCAUGACUGUCGCAGGAGGGCGGGGCAGCAAGAGCGGGGAGCUGCCGAUCUUUGUGACGAGCGUCCAACCGCAUGGCUGCUUGUCGAGGGAUGGGCGAAUCAAAAGAGGUGAUGUGCUGCUGAGCAUCAACGGGCAGGAUUUGACCUACCUGAGCCACAGUGAGGCCGUGGGCACCUUGAAGGCCAGCGCUGCGUCGCCCUCGGUCCAGCUGCGAGUGCUCGAGGUCAGCAUGGUGGAAGAGCAGGACCAUGAUGAGCUGCUGCCUCACACUCACGACAGUGACUUUGAUGCCAACUGGUCCCCCUCGUGGGUCAUGUGGCUGGGCCUGCCCAGCUACCUGCACAGUAGCCAUGAGAUUGUUCUGCGCAGGAGCCAUCCUGGCAGCUGGGGAUUUAGCAUCGUCGGGGGAUAUGAGGAAAGCCAUGGCAACCAGGCGUUCUUUAUCAAGACCAUCGUCCUCGGCACACCCGCAUACUAUGACGGCCGCCUCAAGUGUGGUGACAUGAUAGUGGCAGUCAACGGCCUGUCGACAGCAGGAAUGAGCCACUCGGCCCUGGUGCCCAUGCUGAAAGAGCAGCGCAGCCGGGUGGCGCUUACUGUAGUCUCCUGGCCUGGCAGCCUGGUAUAGCUGGGCCAGAUCAUGAGCAGGCUGCGCACUCCAUAGAGUCCACCCAGAAUGUUCUAUAUUGGGAACGACCUUGGCCAAAGUGAACUGGUACGUGCUACUGUACAUCGCUCCAUAUCGGGCUUAAUCCAGGACCAAACGCAUUCAGAACUACUGAAGACCCAGCAGGACCCAAGCCUGUCCUGACCAGGUGGGAACUGAUCCAGAUCGUGCCACGUCACGCGACAGACUGCACUCUCACACACACUGCUGUGAUCAUAUGGUCAUGUUGUCUUCACUCCCACGGGGAGAAUAGUACUGCAACUGUUAACAGGCAAUCUGUGCUGUAGUCACCUCACCAGGCAGUUGUAGAAUCCAGGGCUAUAUUCAGGUGGAUGCAUCGGUGCAGGUAGAGAUUAAAUAUUUUUGAGGAGUAGUCUGCGAUCUGCUGUGAUCUAGGAUAAUGACACUUAAUCAGUUUAAUCGAGAUGUUCUGCAAGACCAGUGCUGUAUCCAGCUGAAUGAGCCUCAGGCCUUAUUAGAAACCUGCCGCACCCUUGGGGCUCAACUGCCCUUAGGCCUCAUCACCAUGAUAAACCAGCUGCAAUAGCAGCUGGAGUUUUAUACAUGUGUUUGAAUGUGUGCUGUUUGUUUAAUAAACACU